CUGACACAUCCGGGGAAGGGCUUCCGGCAACAGAACCCAGAACCCAGAAAUACCCCCCCCUUCCGAGGCCGAGAGAGCCUCAAACCCUUUUUUUUUUUUUUCCCUAUACCCAAACUCCAAACGGCGUCCUCCGUGCCCGUACCGUCAAGUCCGUCCGUCCGUCCGUCCGUCACCCCGGCAAUGGCUUUCGCAUCGUCUCCCGUUGAAUCGCCGUCGUCGUCGUUCUUCGCUGCCACCGCCCCGGAUCUCGACGGCCUCGCCCAAGCGCCAGCGCCCGUCGCCCGCGCCAUCCUCGUGGCGCUGUGCGAUGACCGACGGGUUCGGGCUCAGGCUUUGAGGCAGCUCGAACGGUUGCUGCGCUUCGAGGCCGACGUCCGCGGGGAGGAGGAUCCCGUCAAGAGCCCCAGUUCCAUCUCAAGUCCGUCAAAUCCAAAGAAGAGGAAGGCAACCGGCGAGCCCAAGAUCUGCGUUCAGUGCGACGGCAUCUUCACGGCCGACGAGAACAUCUUUGGGUCAUGUUGGUACCACUCAGGCCAGCUGGAGCUGUGGGAUGAGACGCAAAUACCGCCUACGAUGUGGGACGAUGUACCGUCGGACGAGCUGGACACAGAUUCGAACCGGGCAGAGUAUCCCGCGGCAUUUCGGUGGUGCUGCUGCCAGAGGCUGGGCGACAGGCCGGGCUGCGUGCGCGGCCAGCACGAGGCCAACCCGGACAGGAGCAAAAAGGGCCGCGGCAACGAGCUGUCGGACCUCGAGGACGAUCCUCUGGAGCUCGACGACGCUUCUUCGGAGGAGCUGCAACCGCCGCCGCACCAGCAGCACUACACAAUCUCGAGGUCACCGUCGGAAGACUGCAAGCCGACAGCCACAGCAACGAUGACGGUCAGAACAGCAACGACGACCACGACAACGCACCACCAUCAUCAUCAUCAUCACAAUCACCAACACCAGCAGCAGUGA